CAGGUCAUGUUGAAGAAGAAGAAGUCGAAGAAGAUGAAGAUGCACCAGAAAUUAAUAUUGAUGACUUAUUAGAUGAAUUAGAUGAAAUGACUUUAGAAGAUCAUCCAAUGGAAUAAGUCAGUCCACAUAGCAUUAUUUAAUUUAGUAAAUGGGUUAAGGGUUUGUAAAAUAUAUCAAGUAAUUAUAUAGAUCAUAAUAAAAAUUAUCCGAAUUUCCUGCAUACCUUUUUUUGUAUCGCGCUUAAACACGGGCCAGAAAUUUGAUAACACAAAUUAUUCCUUCGUUUGAUUAAGCAACCACAUAUCCAAUAGUUAAGAAGAAGUAUUCAAAUAUAGUAAAGAGGAAGAAUGUUAGUUGACCCAGUUACACAUACCACAGGACCAAUCAAAUAUACUCCUGUAACAUCAUUCGUGGAAUCGUCAUUCUUUUCGAAAUUGGCGGAGUUGAAAUUAAACAAGUUUAAAUUAGAUGAUAAUACCCAACCACUAAAAGGAUUCAUUACUUCACCUCAGAAUUUGAGUAGACAUGAUGAUGUUUGUCGACUUAAGAUAGAUUUUGAAGCAUUUGAAACAUUUGAGGAAGAAUCCAAACUGGAAGUUACACGUAACCUUGCCAUUGAUGGUGAGAUUCUCAAUCUUAAUACUUUAGAAGCAUUCAAGAGUAUCAAUAAAUCACAACUCCUAGAACAAUGGGCAAAAGUAAUACAUGAUCAGAUCAUAACUACCCAACUGUUAAGUUUCCAACUGAUCAAUAAGUUUUUCAUCUUGAGUUUUUCUGAUUUAAAGAAAUAUAAAUUUUAUUACUGGAUUGCCACCCCCACAUUAAAUUCUCCAUGGCAAAUUAUUGAUAAAGGAGAAUCACUUGAAAGUAAUGGUAUCACUAUUGAUCCAAGUCAAUUCCAUAAACAAUUGUUUUUCCAAAUCAUCGAUAAUACGGUUCAAGAUGUGUCUAAUAUCACUUUACAUGAAACUGGAUCAUUCGUUUUUGUGGAUACUAGUUUAAGUCCAUUACAAGUUCCAUCCAUCCAUUUAAAGAAUUACUUAUAUUUACUAGCUGUGAAAGGAUUUAAACAAAUAAAUUUGGUAAUCCAUAGACCUCGCGGUAUUGAUUCCAAUUUGAAACUUAAGCUUGAUGAUAGUUUUGAUAUUCAUGCAUUUCCAAAGUUUAAUGGUUGGGAAAGAAAUAAUCAAGGUAAACUUAUUCCAAAGAUGGCUGAUUUAGCUAAUUUAAUAUCUCCCAAUAGACUUGCGGAACAAGCAGUUGAUCUUAAUUUGAAACUAAUGAAAUGGCGAGUGGCUCCUACUUUGGAUCUUGAUAUAAUGAAAACUCAAAAAGUAUUAUUAUUAGGGUCAGGAACCCUUGGAAGUUAUGUAUCACGAGCAUUGUUGGCAUGGGGAUUUAAUACUAUCACAUUGGUGGAUAAUGGUAGAGUAUCAUACUCUAAUCCUGUAAGACAACCACUUUUCAAAUUUGAAGAUUGUUUCAGUGAUGAAAAUAAAGGAGAAUGGAAAGCGGUACAAGCAGCUAAAGCAUUGAAGGAAAUCUAUCCUGGAGUUGAUUCAACUGGGAUUAAUUUGGAAGUUCCAAUGAUAGGACAUCCUAUAACUGAUGAAGAAGUACAAAAGGGGAAUUUCGAUAAAUUAUCACAAUUAUUUGAUGAUCAUGAUAUUAUAUUUUUAUUAAUGGAUUCUCGAGAAUCAAGAUGGUUACCUACUGUAUUAGGUCAAGCCAAGAAUAAAUUGGUUAUCAAUGCCGCUUUAGGAUAUGAUAGUUAUUUAGUGAUAAGACAUGGUAGUUCAAAACAAGAUGCUAAGGAUAGAUUAGGAUGUUAUUAUUGUAAUGAUGUUGUUGCUCCUACAGAUAGUACAACUGAUAGAACGUUAGAUCAAAUGUGUACUGUGACUAGACCUGGAGGUGCUUUAAUGGCAUCAUCUUUAGCCGUAGAAUUACUUGUUUCUAUCUUACAACAUCCAGACCAUCAACUUGCUGCCAAUGAUUCAAGUUCUAAAUUUGGAUCGAUUCCUCAUCAAAUAAGAGGUUAUUUAAACAAUUUCCAACAAAAUAAAUUCUUUGUUCCUAACUAUAAACAUUGCUCAGCAUGUUCAGAUUAUGUUGUUGAAGCUUAUUUGGCCGAUGGUUGGGAAUUUAUAAAGAGAUGUCUUAAUGAUGCUACAUAUCUUGAGGAAGUGAGUGGGUUAACAGAAGUUCAAAAGCAAGCUGAAUUAGCAAGCGAAGCUUUAUUAGAACAAAUGGGAUUUUCAGGUGAAGAAGACGAUGAAGACGAUGAGUGGUUACAAUGAACCAUGACUAUAUAUAUUUUGUACAAUUUCGAUAUAACAGUAAGAAGAACUCUAUAAAAGUCAAUAUAUAAA